AUGGUCUCCCGACCGAAGGAUAGAAACAAGAAUAAGUUCUGCGAGUUCUACAAAGACGUGGGCCAUGACACUGAGAACUGCAGGCAACUGAAGAGAGAGAUUGAAGAUGUGAUCCAAAAGGGCCACUUAAGAUGGUAUGUCAAAGGCGAUGUAAAAGAUAACACCCGAGGUCGGGAAGCCACGAGAAACAAUCGUGGAAGGGACAACAGAGCCCGUAGAGGAGAUGAUCGGGAUCGCCAAGGUAAUCGACGAGACGAUCAACGGGAGGUACGUAGAGAUCGGGACGAGGCCAAUACAUCCACUGCACCGGCCAUUCUCACCAUCCUGGGGGGUCCAGGACAGGAGUCAGCCCGCAGAGCCAAGACGAAGGUGAGGUUCGUGGCUAUGGCUGAAGUCCCUGAGAAGAAAGCACGCACUGAGUCCAUCAUCACAUUCUCAGACAAGGACAUGGAGGGGCUGAGCUGGCCACACGACGAUGCUAUCGUGGUUCAGGCAGUUAUAGCCAAUAGACCAGUCCACAGGAUACUGGUGGAUGCAGGGCAUCUAUAG